AUGGGUGGCGUGUACGCGGGGCUGCCGUACCACAGCGGGUUCGCGCCGCCGCCGCCGCCACGAGCGCCCUUCGCGUCACCACCGCACGCACACUACCUGGCCGGCUCGCAGCGGGCAGAGGGCGGUCGCUUGGAUGUCAUGGGUGGCGGUGAAGGUGGGCUACCUCCUCUGCAGCCGGCUCCAGAUCUUCAUCACGCGCCGCUCUUGCUCGCCACCGAGGCACGGGGAACACCGCUGGAGUUGAUGGCGCCGCACCACGCGAGACACGCUUUGUCCCAUCACCAUCACAGACGUAGUGGCGGCGGCGUGGGCGUCGGGCCUGGCAGCGGCGUGGGCUCCGUGGGUGGAGUGGGCGCCGUGGGAAGCGUGGGCAGUGUGGGCGUGGGCGUGGGCGUCGUGGGUGCGGGCUCGCGCGCGGCGCGACCGUACGUACGCGCCGCGGCGCGCUGGCCACCGCACCCCGUGCACCACAUACACGCACAGGGCAGCGGGAGUCUAGUGGGGGCUUUGCCCCACGUACAAGCGCAGCUGCACGUGGCACCGCCCUUAUCCCUGCCCCCUCCACCGCCGACUUAUCAGGUGUUCCUGAACCUGCUGGCGAUGUUCCCGCUGUCGCCGUACGGCGAGGCGCGCGACGGGCGAGACGGCCGUGAGGGCCGCGAGGGGCGCGACUCGGCGGAGCCCGAGCCCGAGAACUACGAGGCGCUGCUGUCACUCGCCGAGCGUCUGGGCGAGGCCAAGCCGCGCGGUCUCGCGCGCCACGAGAUCGACCAGCUACCCACUUACAAGUACAGCGACCAGACCAGACACGGCGAGCAAACUUCGUGCGUUGUGUGCAUGUGCGAGUUCGAGGCGCGGCAGACGCUCCGCGUGCUGCCGUGCGCGCACGAGUUCCACGCCAAGUGCGUCGACAAGUGGCUGCGGUCCAACAGAACGUGUCCAAUAUGCCGAGGGAACGCGUCAGAGUACUUCAACAACUCCGAGUGA